ACAUGACUCUGUUCCAAUUAAGUAAAGCCUAACGAUGUCUUUUGGGGAAAUCGGAAGAGGCAUCGUUUUAAGUGCGCUUUUCUCAGUCACAACUUGUAAUGUGUAUAGAGUGGAUAACUCAAUGGGUCCGGGCAGAAGGUUUGACGGAAUCGGCGGUCUCAGUGGUGGAGGGGCAACAUCCAAGUUGUUGGUUAACUAUCCUGAGAAGUACAGAGAUCAAAUCCUCGACUAUUUGUUUAAGCCCAACUUUGCAGCAUCACUACAAAUACUGAAAGUAGAAAUUGGCGGAGAUGGUCAAAGUACCGAGGGUACAGAGGCAUCUCAUAUGCAUAAUGAGUGGGAUGAGAAUUACCAGCGUGGGUAUGAAUGGUGGAUAAUGACUGAAGCCAAGAAGAGAAACCCUGACAUUUUACUGUAUGGUCUGCCAUGGGCAUUCCCGGGCUGGAUUGGAGGUGGCAGUCGUGACAAUCCAUACACUAAUGUCACACGUACAGCGGAUUAUGUGACACGCUGGCUCCUCGGGGCUAAGAAGUUUUACAAUCUCACUAUAGACUAUGUUGGGAUCUGGAAUGAGAAGCCAUAUGAUGCUACAUACAUCAAAACCCUGAGAAAGAACCUUGACACCAAUCAGCUGGGCCAUGUGAAGAUUGUGGCAGCAGAUGGAGGCUGGGAAAUUGCCUCACAUAUUGGGGCAGACAAGGAACUGGACGCCGCCAUAGAUUAUAUAGGUGCCCACUAUCCUGGUACUACCACAACAAAAGCUGCACUGACCACAGGAAAACAGCUGUGGUCAUCCGAGGAUUAUAGUACCUUCAACGAUAACACUGGUGGGGGCUGCUGGGCGAGGAUACUGAACCAAAAUUUUGUAAAUGGCUACAUGACAAGUACAAUAUCAUGGAACCUGAUAGCCAGUUACUACGAUGCCUUACCCUUUCCAAGCUGUGGACUGAUGACCGCUGACAGUCCCUGGAGUGGACACUAUGAUGUCGCCUCCCCUAUAUGGAUGACAGCUCAUACAACUCAGUUCACUGCCCCUGGGUGGAACUACCUGCCACAUGGAUCCGGGGUCGGGAAACUGGCUCAUGGUGGAAGUUACGUGUCCUUGGUCAGUCCAAACCAAAAAGACCUCACCAUUAUUUUGGAAACCAUGAGCCAUGAUCACUCACUGUGUAUCCGACCUGCACUUCCUGCUUACAACGUCAUCCCGCAAAAUGUGUCACUGCAGCUCAGUGGAGACCUGGCAAAGAUACAGCAGUUGAAUGUAUGGUACAGUAAAUUGGCUUUCGGGAAGAACAUGACUUCUGUGCUGUUUAAAAAACUCUCACCAUUGAAGGUACAGGAUGGAAAAAUAACACUUUCUGUAGGGUUGGAUGAGGUAUACACAUUGACGUCACUUACACUCGGAAAUAAAGGCUCGUACCCUGAUCCACCCGCGAGUAAGCCAUUCCCAGACACGUACUUCGAGGAUUUUGAAGGAUAUCCUUUGCACGCGGAGCCUAUGGAUUUUACCCAACAGACUGGUUCUUAUGAGGUCGUAUCUGGAAGUCAUUCCCAUGGAAAAGUUCUCCGUCAAGUUGUACUUCAGACCCCUGUGUUCUGGUGCAAGGCAGACGAAGUCGACAAAUCCCUUAACAUCAUCGGCAACUCCAAAUGGAGUGAUGUGUAUGUGAGCACAGACGUUGCUAUUGGUGGAAUCAACGGAACAACUGGGGUAUAUGUGGCAGCCCGCGUGGAUCAAGGUGGAUGCCAGUCCUGGGAGUCAAAGGGAAUCUUUUUCUUCCUGUUUCCCAGCGACAAGAAGUUUAUUCUAACCAAUGAUUUAGCCAGAACCAUGCCAUUAAAAGAAGGGGAGGCCACUGGAGCUGUUAACGGCUGGAACACUCUAGAACUCGCAGUGGAGGGAAACUUUGCUUUAGGCAGACUUAACAAAAAGGCUCUCUUCAAUGUCACUGUGCCAAGUACACCAGCCCAUGGAUUCGUCGCCAUAGGAACUGACUCAUACGGAAUUGCAGAUUUUGACAAUGUCAGAAUUAAAAGUAGCCAUAGUCAGUGAUAAUUUUACGAUGCCAUGCCUCAAUUUUCUUUAGACACCACCUUUCCAGCACACAUUUUCUUAAUGUUUGAAUAUCAUGCGAGAUCCAGCCCCUUCCCUGAAAUCUAGUAAGUUGUUUUGGUUGUAAUUUUGAAAAUUUUAGCUGUCCUACCUGGGUGUUUACAUACGUAUCUGAUCGACACCUACAUACAUGAAAUAUCUUCACAAUCAACUUUUAUAUCACAUGUUUAGUAUAUUGUGAGCUGAAAGCUUUCUUAUCGUUGGUGCUGUUUUACAUAAUUCUAAAGAUAAUGAUGUUCAUAAUUCACUUGCCAUAUACGUUCACUAAAGUUUCCCCUUCUUUUAUUUAUAAGUCCCCUACCGAUGAAACCGUGGUGG